AUCAUGAUUAUAUAUGUAUGCUUGUUCAAAAUUAUUUUCAUCCAAGUAUUUCCUCUCAUUUAACGAUGGAAUAGUGAAGAGACUUGAUCUUUCCAAGAGUUUCCAUUAUUUAAUAAAUAUCAAUAUUUUCUUUUUUCCUCUUCUCUUCUCUAAUUAAAUAUAUUGAAAUUUUAUUUUUUAUAAAUAAAAAAAUGAACGAAUUAGCGAGAUACUCGUUGAAAGAAGUUGCGACACAAGAUGGAAAAGAAGAAACGAGAAUAUGGAUCGUUAUUUACGAUAUGGUUUACGACGUGACAGAUUUCAAAGAUAAGGUAGGAUAAAAAAAAUUGAUCGAAGAAUAUGCAGGACAAGAUGCAACACGUGGAUUUGAUGAGUUUGGUCACAGUGCAGAUGCAAAACGUAUAUUGAAAAAGUAUCUUGUGGGUGAAUUAGUAGAGGAAGACAAAAUAAAGAAUAGAAGUAAAAAGAAUGGAAUCUCUAUUGAUAUAGAGGAAAAAAGUAGAAUAAGAAGAUUUCUAUCAAUAUUAUGUGGCAAAUUUGCAAAGUGACAAAGGAACGAUCGACAAAUUAUAUGUGUAAAUAAUAUAUUAAUUUAUUUUAUUUUAUUUUAUCUGUGUACACAGAUAUAAUUAUAAAGCUAAUUAUAAACUUUGAUGUAAAGUAAGAAUAAUUAUUUUUAUUAUCAUGUAUAUGUUUAUUUUUUUAAAAAAAUCGCAUCUUAAAACUUUUAUUUUAUAUGGAAAUUGAGAGAAUCGGAAAUACUCAUGAAACGUUGGCAGCGUUGCUAAAUAUAUACGAAUAAAAAAUAUGAAUGAAACAAUGAAUCUUCACGAA